GGCCAUCAGGCGCGUGAGUUUUUACGUCAUGCCCGAGUGCACGACGGUCUGAGAGCGCGCAGGGCCGAGGCUUCUCUGUCCAUCAAAUAAUAUGUGAAUUUUUCUAAUCUGCCGGCCAGAUUUCGCGUCGGUACCGCCACAGAAACGGAUUUUCAUUCCAACUCUGGCCGUGUGAUUUGUGGAAGGUUUGAAGGUGAAGGUGUCUGGGGGUGACGGGUUAGGGGGCGGGGCGUAGCGGCGGCGACGGGCUGACUGGAGUCUGUUGGCCGCAGAUCGGGAUCCAAGCUCUGCUCUGCUCGCAGUCAUCGCGCGUCGAAAGAAAAAUCUUGGUUACGAGCCGAGUUCCCAAGUUUCUGAUGGCGUCCGUGGGAUUAAAGCGGGAUGGGCCGCAGUUUAUCAGUGAGCUGGCAGUUCGUGGUAACGCUGCCAUCCUGGACUAUUGCCGCACGUCCGUGUCUGCUCUGUCGGGAGCCACAGCUGGGAUCCUGGGUCUGACCGCACUGAUGGGUUUUGUCUUUUACUUUGUUGCUUCCUUCCUGCUCUCCGUGCUGCUGUUCGUGAAAGCUGGCCGGCACUGGAGCAAGUACUUCAAAUCACGCCGCCCCCUCUUCACCGGGGGCCUGGUGGGCGGCCUCUUCACCUACAUCCUCUUCUGGACCUUCCUGUACGGCAUGGUGCACGUAUACUGAGGGUGGACGGGGAGGGAAGGCUCCCCUUCGCUGGCACCUGGGACUCGUUCACUCGCCUUCACCAAUCUCUCAGUUUAAACACAUCACCAGCUUCAUCGAGACACUAACGGAUUUGCACCAAGUUCCACUUUAGGUUUCUGUUAAGUCUUUGCAUGGUUUUCAUUAGUAUGUUUUAAUGAUCAUUUCUGACCCAGGGCAAACCUGGAAAAGUGACCAAGGAAUUUGAGGAUUUAUCAGCCGGGCUGUUGGGGACUUGUUCCUCUGUCGUCCUCCCUCCCCAAUGUGAGAAGGCGUGUCAGGAAUGAUCAAUCCUUUUACUGUUACUGUGAAAGAUAUUUGUAAUCCAUAGCAGGGAGUUCUCCCCCGGCUACCCCCUCCCCAUUCUGCCACCAUUUGCUGUUUAAAAAAUCAGGCAGGCAGUAACUUGAAGCAAAACUCUGCAAGCCUCUGUUAGCAGUUUCUGCUUUUGGGGCUCUGAUGCAAGUGGGGGUCACCCAUCUGCAGCGUCUCAGCUUCAAGGUCCUGUGUGAAUGCGUAGCACCCUUUCCAGCAUUGAGGUGAAUGGUGGGGAUUUGCACCUCGACGUUCAGGCACUGAGGGUCCCCCUUUGUGUGUUCAGCUGACAGGAUCUUACAGGGAGAUCAGUGCAGUGCUCCUGUGGAAACAAGUUAAUCGAUGGAAAGGCAGUUUUACUGAGGGAGUGUUGUGGAGACUUGUGAUACGACACUUGGAUUCGCUGAUUGAGAGUUGGGAAGAUGAUGACAAUGCCAGAGAGGUGGGGGGAGGAAAACUUGGCUUCAGUUUCAGUCACAGCACAUUUUAGAAUUUGAGAAUCAAGAAUUUCCCAUUAAAUAAGUUUGUCACUACUGAUGGUAACUGGUUCAUCUUUAACAAGGCAGCUGAUUUGUGGGAACCAGUGGAUGCUUGAAUUUGUAAAUAACAUUGUCUUAAUUUGCGUUUGCAGGCUGGGAGCCUGUCAUAAGAAUAAACGAUCAUUCACCUUAUUUAGUUAUGAUUUUUUUUAAAAUCUAGCUUAAACACCUGGUGUGGUGGGUUUUGGGGAGAAUCUACAGAGUCUUGGUUGUUCACCAGUUCAGUCUUUCACUGAACACUCACUAUUAUCCCUAGUGUGGGGGGAUGCCUGGACAGACCACACACCUCCGCUGUCACUGGCUGCCAGCAUUUAUUAUCUGUCCCCAAUUGCCCCUCCCCUGUAGAGCAAGUAAACCAAUGAUGCAGGAGGCCAUUCAGCCCAUUGAGUUCAUGCCAGUUCCCAGGGAAGCACUCUCAUUAAUCCAUCCUCUGUACCCCGGCAACCUAUUGAAAGUUACCAUCACCUCGCCAUUAGAGUGAAGCUGGCCAGUGAUUCUGGAGUGGCCGGACUGGGAGAGAGUUCCGUUAAGGACCCUCUCCCAUGAAGGACGAUGAGCCAAUGGGCUUUUAUGGCUGAGGAGGUGGGUUUACUCAUGCCUGUGGAUUUGUGGGUGAGAUCUGUUUGUUUGAAGGGGUGGUUUGGAGCUCCAACCUGCAAACAGCCACCAUGGUACGGACACACUGUAACUUAAAAAGUUGCUGUUUUAAAAUAUCCUAUUUAUUUUUGAUGGCAGCAGCUGUUUAUCAGCUAGUUUUGAACAACAUUGUUUUGAGAUACAGAAUUUUGGCACAAGAGUUCAUGUCUUUGCUUGUUGUCUUGUUCCUGCACGGUGCAAGAGUAAAAAAACAGGCCGUGUAUGUAAAAUUCAACAGCUUCAGUACAGUACAAACUCUGAUAAAGGCCCUGACUACCUGUGGUGAAUAAAACCAUCUUUUAUGCUGUUUCAACGAUUUGUAGGGGAAAACCAAUCUUGCGACAAUAAUGCAGACAACACAUUCGGCCCACACCAGCUCCCACUGGCAAUGCCAUCACUUUCCCUUUCUUCUGUUUUGCCCCACAAAUUAAUCUCUCUACCAUACCUCUCUAUUCUAAUGCCGCCCACGUACACAAGGGAUAAUUUAUACUGCGAUGUGGGAGGAAACUGGAGACACACUGUCACAGGGAGAAUGUGCAAACUUCACAGACAGUGCCGAAGGUCAGGAUCAAACACUGGAACUGUGUGGCAGAAGCACCACUGGACCAUAUAUAGUCCUCAUUGACUAUUAUUUAUAUAUUUUUUAAACUUGUCCAUCGCAUAUCUUGCUUUGCAUAACAGACUAUACAGGCUAUAGGGUAGUGAUACAUCCUGAGACUGAACGGCACAAUGUUUGUUCUGCAAACAAGCAGAAACAUUCACAAUAAAUUGUUACAAAACAACUUUA